UCUUGCUGUUGAUAUAUGGCAACACAAAGGAGGGAUGGGAGUGGCGCUGGGAAGGAGAAGAUGAGAGGAACAUCUCCUUCACCCGUCGUCGCCGACAGCCGACCGAUGACCAGCAAAAGAAGCCCCAUCCGACCAACCACGGCUGCCGCCGCCGCCGCCGCCAAUCACAAGCAUGUUUCAGAUCAUCAUCAGAAACGUCUUCCCAACUAUUUAAAGCCCACUAUAAGCUCGGGCAUCGAUCACUCGAACGCGAACGCGAACGCGAAUGCCACGAAGCAGCAGCCUACCACCUCCACCGCCCAGAUCAAUAAUAAAGCCAAUUUCAACAGAAGAAGAUCCUUCGAAAAGCCUCCAUCGCCUUCUAAUCAUCCUGCUAAUUUACACAACAAACCCGUAACUCAAGCUCAUCAUCAUGUCAAUCACAGUGCCGACCAGCGAAAUUCCCGGCGGUCUUCCCCUGCUCUCAGAAAGGCCACCUCUAUGCCAAGGUCUCACAAAGCACCCAAUAAAGAUACCGGAAAAUCUGUCUUCUCCAGCUCGAGACCCACCCAGAAGAACACCAAACCGGCCGGCUUAAACAAGAAGCAAACCCGAGCUGCUGCUGGAGCAGCCGCAAAGGCUCCUGCCGCCGUUUGCGGUGGUCCUGCUGAAACAGUUGAGGCUCCGGCCGUUGAAACUCACCUGCAGGACGAUCAAGAUUUAGAACCAGUUACUAACAACACUGAAGAAGAGGUGGUAAAGGUGGACACAGUCAGUGAAUUGCCGGCAGAAAAUCCGGUGCUGCAAGAGAAGGAAUCCGUCGUGCAAGAUGAAUCGGAGAUCAACGACGACGAGGACUUCAAGCCUAAUUGCGAGCCUUCGGCGGAUUUAGAAGACGUAAACAAUGCAGCUCUAGACGUUGAUGAUGAUCAGGUGGAAGAAGCCGAAGAUAAAGUACUUGCUGAAGAAACCACCGGGGCCAUUAACAGUCCCCCGAAGGAUGAAGAACAAGAAAGUGUAUCUCAGGAAGAGCCUAAAGUAGUACCGAAGAAGGAAAAUCCCGAAGAAACUGGAGAGGACAGUACCGAAGAAACUGAAAAUCCCGAAGGCGAUGAGGCAACGGAAGAGAAGGAAGAGGAGGCCAGUACAGCAGAAGGAAAGCAAACUACAGUAGUGGAAAAAAGUGGCAAUGAAACAGCGGCGGCGGCGGCAACAGUGGUUCAGGGAGGGAAGAAGGAAAAUCAGCAGGCAUACAAUGAUGUGAUUGAAGAGACGGCAAGCAAGCUUCUGGAGAAGAGGAAGAACAAGGUGAAAGCGCUGGUUGGAGCCUUUGAAACUGUCAUAUCCUUGCAGGAGCCUGAGCCUUGAUGAAUUCAUUC